AUGAGCUACGCAAGACUUCCUCGCGACGAGAUCGAGAACAUUGGAUCAACCGGGGCCACAACGAGGACAGGAUAUGAUGCGCCAGAAGUAGUCCCGGGCCACAGCGAUCUGAUAACUGCACAAGUUCAAGGCUCCCAGUCGCCAGAAGUGGUGCAUCCAGAACAAGAUCAGCCUCAGUACGGUUAUGGCAAUACCGAUGCAGAGUCGACUGCGCCGAGCUACUCGCCCGCGAACGGCUUCACGCCGCAGCACGAGAAGGACACAUUAGCAGCCGGCGAUGUACCACCUGUAGACUACCAGAUGACGAGAUCUCGACGGCGGAAACGAUGGAUUUGGAUCAUCAUUGGUGCUGUGCUCCUCUUGCUGGCGAUCGGUCUCGGAGUUGGCCUAGGAGUUGGAUUGUCAUCGAACAGUGGUAGUAGUGAUCGAAAUAUCGACAAUGAAGGCAUCACAGACUCUUCAAACCAAACCUCACCAACUACGACAUCACCCUUACCCACAUCCACAACCUCCGCAGCUGUGACAGCAGGCACAACAGGCCUCGCUCAAUUCUCCUGCAACAACACCGCCUCCACAGAAUCGACUGCAGGAACCUCCUACAACCAAGACUGCAACGUCCAAUACCAAGUCAACCAUCCCUCAUACUACGACCAAAAUAUCAACAUGAAGAACCUCGAGCACCGUACCGUCUAUACCUUCCAGUCAUGUCUUGACGAGUGUGAUCGCUGGAAUAGCGCAAGCAACACGCCGGCUUGUAGGGCUGUGACGUAUUAUGCGAAUAUCACCACGCCGAUAAAGCUGUGGGGAGGGAACUGCUUUUUGAAGAAUGACAGAGGCGUUGGGUAUAGGACGGAUCCGGUGGACUACGAUCAUACGGCGAGUGCGUGGAUGGGAUGCUUGAACGUUACCUGUCACGGGGCGGAAUGA